AUGGCGGCCCUUCGGGCCAAGCUUGGCGACGACGGCACCGAGGAGCUGGCAGCUGUGGAGGCGCUCCUCGCCAAGAAGGAAGCCCCGCCUCCUGCUGCACCGCGGCAGCCGCUCCCUGAGGAGGACGUCUCAGCCAAGGGGGUGGCGCACCGUCGGGCCAAGUCCUGGCUCGAGCGCUGCUCUCUCAAGGUCUUGGAGGGCGAGGCCCGGCUGCAAGAGGCGCGUGCUGCUGAAGACCUUGCGGCCACGGCGGCUGUCGAGGCCAAGCGCUCGUGGGAGGAGGCCUGUGCGAAGCAGCUUCCUCAGCCAGCGGCGGCGCCACCCGCUGCUGCAGGCGCAUCGUCGCUCAACUUGUCCACGCUCCUUGGCGAAGACAACGAGGUCGAAGGGCUCACCAUCGUCGACGGUCCGAUGUUCAGCACGGAAGGCCUCGACCUCGACCCUGCGGACCUUCGCGAGUGGGAGCGCGUCAAGACCAACCUUGCGGCUGGCAUCAAGGCCGAGAUCUCCAAGGCGCUCGGCUCUUCAGCGGAGCAGCUCGCCACUCUGCGAGCGGAGGCCAAGCAGGUGUCCUUGCGGACGCAAGCGAAGCGCAGGGCGACGGCGGCGGCGCUCCUACAACCGGUGCCGCUGACGGGCCUGGAGAGGUUCGAGCUGCUGCCAGGCGCACCGCCAAGGUGUCCUUUGACGCUACCCGAGCAGCGCAGCAGGGACUUUAGCAGGCCCACCUACCUUGGCUUGCCGUCGCCCUUCCACGGUGACAUCUUCAUGAGCGCUGCGGAGGAGCUCGCCUUCGAUCCGCAGUCGUACCAAGCCAGCCCCUACAAGGUCACGCUGUACGGAGGGUGCCCAGCGCCGCAGUAUGGCGACAUCUUCCUCACUGAGGCAUUCUUCAGCUUAAAGAUCAG